AUGAUUUUCUUGAGAGAGAAAUAGAAAUGAUCAAUCAGAUGUCACUCCAUGUUUAUAUACAACUUCCUCCUUAUUGCCGUAUAUCUCUAGUUUAACCAAGUCUCUCCUUUCCCACUCACUCUCAGCAACUUGUACAAUCUCAAUCCAUUUCCAUCCCCUCCCCAUCCUAAAAUUGAUCUGUCUCUUUCUUUCCCCAACUUCCCCAAUUUAUUGAUUUCUCCUCCCAUCCAUGGGGGACGACGCGGAGGCCGGGCGGAGCAAUCGAAGCCAGGGCAAAGGCGGAUUCAAAGCCACCUCAUUCAUCUAUGCAUUGGCGGCAUUGGAGAAUAUGGGAGUGGUGGCGAACAUGGUGAGCUUGGUGCUCUACUUUUCAUACAAGAUGCAUUUCGAUCUGGCCACGUCAGCAAACACCCUCACUAAUCUAAUGGGAUCGACUUACCUGCUCUCCAUCGUCGGCGGCUUCAUCUCCGACACCUAUCUCAACCGCUUCCUCACUUGCGUCAUUUUCGGCACGCUUGAAGUCCUGGCUCUAUCGAUGAUGACAAUUCAAGCCCACAGUGACAGUUUGCUGCCCAAGCCUUGCGCCAAGUCCAGUUGCGUCCAAGGUGGCGCCGCCGUCUACUUCUACGCCACGCUCUGCCUCCUCGCCCUCGGCGUCGGCGGCGUCAAGGGCGCCCUCCCGGCCCUCGGCGCCGACCAGUUUGACUCCAAAAAUCCGAAAGAAGCCAAGUCGCUGGCCAGCUACUUCAACUGGCUCUUGCUCAGCUCCGUUGCGGGCUCCUCCAUCGGCGUUACUUUCGUCGUCUACGUCUCCACCAAUAAGAAUAAUCAGAACUGGUGGAAGGGCUUUCUCAUCACCGCCGUCGCUGCAUUCCUCGGCUACGUCUUCCUCCUCAUCGGAAAACCGUUUUACCGCCUUCAUGUCCCCAAAGAUAGCCCUCUCAUGAGACUCACACAGGUUAUAGUUGUGGCAGUAAAAAAUGGGCGAUUAUCUCUUCCAGACAGUCCAAAUGAGUUGUACGAGAUCAACGAAAAGGAUUCAGAAACAACAGCACCGAAAAUAGCACAUACCAAUGAAUUCAGCAGGUGGUUAGACAAAGCAGCGAUCCCGCCUGCAAACACAGAGCCAUCAGCGUGGAAAGUGUGCACGGUGACGCAGGUGGAAGAAGUGAAGAUCAUAGCAAGAAUGUUGCCGAUAAUAGGAAGCACCAUAAUCCUGAACACAUGCAUGGCUCAGCUGCAGACCUUCUCGGUGCAGCAAGGCUACCGCAUGGACGCCCAUCUCGGCUCCUUCCAAGUCCCCGCGGCGUCCAUCCCCGUCAUCCCCCUCCUCUUCCUGAUCAUCCUCAUCCCCAUCUACGACCGCCUCUUCGUCCCCUUUGCCCGCACCCUCACCAACCACCCCUCCGGCAUCACCCAGCUCCAGCGCGUAGGCGUCGGCCUCGUCCUCUCCGCCGUGUCCAUGGCCAUCGCCGCGAUAGUCGAAGUCAAGAGGAAGAAUCAGUCGUUAAAAAACCCGAUGCAGCCGAUCAGCCUCUUCUGGCUGGGCUUCCAGUACGGGAUAUUUGGCAUCGCCGACAUGUUCACGCUCGCUGGCUCGCUCGAGUUCUUCUACAAGGAGGCGCCGGCCGGGAUGAGGUCGCUCUCCACUUCCUUCACGUGGAUAUCGCAGUCGUUUGGCUAUUUUUUAAGUAGCGUGUUCGUGGACACCAUCAACUCGGUGACGAGGCGGGUGGCGCCGAGCCGGCAGGGGUGGCUGCAAGGGCAGGAUUUGGAUAGGAACAAUUUGCAACUCUUCUAUUGGUUUCUGGCUAUUUUGAGCGCUCUCAACUUCUUCAACUAUCUGUUUUGGGCGGUGCGGUACACGUACAAGACGGACGAUGAGAACACGGAGCAGCACGACGGCGGGGGCGUGCCGUUUCUCAAGGCGGAUGAGCAGGCGUCUAAGGCGCUGGAGGAGCCUAAUGGGAAAUGGUGAUAUGGAAUUUAGCUGCAGCAUGGUUUGAAGAUUUAAAUAUAUGAUAUGUGUAUUUAUUAUUUAUAGUGGUAUGUUGUAUUUUUUUUAUUUUUGCAGUCGGCUUUAUUGUGUGUGGUUUUUUGGUGAUGAUUCUCGAGUAUAUAUUGUUGGGUUUCAAGCAUAGAUUUGCCCAAGAUAAAUAUACUGUAGAAAGCCUUGCAAGGGGAUGAACGAAGAUAUUUCACGAUUAAUGUAAAUGAAAUUAUAUUGAUUGUGUUUUGAA